AUGAGCAGCGUCUCGGCACCGCCUCAGCUCUCGCCGAAGGUGAUCCCGGGCUGCAGUAACACCCACAGCAACAGCGGACUUCCCACCAUCCUCUCCGAUCUCGGCACCUUUGCGUACCAGUCAGCGUGCUACGGCCCGCAGCAGCUGCUCGCAUGCAGUUCUGCAGUGACCAGCGCAGGUGAGGUGAUCUUUGUCUAUGACAUGAAUAGCAUGCUUCUUACACAGUCGCUCAGCGGACACAAGGCUGCUGUCACUGCACUGCUGUGGCGUCGAUCUCCGGCAUCCUACCUGCAAACAGGCCUCUUUCUGUGGAGCGGUGACACGAGCGGUGCGCUGAUGUACUGGGAUGUAGUGGAGGGCGUAGCGCUGACAUCGAUCCAGACGCCUUGCCGUGCCUUGGUGCAGUCGCUGACGCUUCUCACAGAUGAGCACCUCCUCGUCGUCACUCAGGAAGGCACAGGCUACGUGUUCAACUCACACCUCGUCGACAACAUCCCUCUGCCACCCGGCCGUCUCCUGCUAGAGGCAACGCAGAGCACCCUCCUGGGCAACAUCAGCAGACCAUCGCUCGUCGCUUGUUCGCGCCUCAACGACCAGCACUGCUGCGCCGUUGUGCUCGGCGACCGUCUGCGCAUCCUCACCGCCAUCCAGCUUGAGACCGGCGCCGCCCCUCCUGUAGCGAAGGAUCUUAUCUACGACAGCUGUGAUGGCGCCCCCACGGUCAUCGACGUCGUUUUCAGCGACGCGCAAGAGGAGGUGCUGUACUUCGCCACGCGCAACACAGUGGGCUGCUACGACUGGAAGCUGGGGCUGAUGUUGAACGAAUCGCUUCUAUGGUUGCCGGACGAGGUGGAGUUUCGCCGCAUCUUUCGUUCGUGCUCGAGUGGCGCGGCGGUGCACGCCGCCGCGAUGCGUAGCCCGGAGUCUACGGCGUCUUCGUCAGGCGAUGCGGCCGCCGCGCAGGUGCCGCUCAUGUACUCGUUCGGCUCCGAUCAGCGACUCGUCGCGUGGCACGUCACGCGGCACGACCGCUUCACUGCCGUUUCGACAGACGUGCGUGGGGUGCGCAUCAAUUCCAAGCUGUGCGUUAACGUGGCGCAGUCGGAGCUCGACUCGUCGCUGUUUGCAGUGCUGUUCGAGGACGGCUCCAUUGUUCACUGGCAGUACACCCCCCUGGCUCGGCGGUGGAAGCUGCUGGACUGCUGGAUGGCGCCUGUGGUGCGCCCCGUGACGUUCUGCGCCGUCGGUGCCCAUCACUGCUGUGUGGCUUUGGAGAGCGGUCAUCUUGCUCUGAUGGACAUUACGCACAGCAUGGCGGUUCGGCGGUUCAACUUGGUCUACUCUGGCGGAACGCAGAUUGUGCUGCUGUGCGGGUACAAGUGGAGCGACCUUGUGUGGAUCGUGUCGGACCGCAUCCAACAGUACCGCCACCACCACCAAGUCUCGCUGAUUGACACCCGCACAGGGGAGGUGGUGCGAGUGCUGCGCAAACCGUCCUCGGCACCAGAGCAGACCCGGAUGAAGGAGAUCACGAUGGACCCGACAGCCACGUACGUCUUGCUGACGUUCUGGAACGGCACAUUUGAGGUUUGGACAGCGGCGGACAGCCGACUUGUGCACAUCCACUCCGGUUUGGGUGUCGCAAACGUCUCGUGGGCGCCUCCGUUGAUGCGGCGCUGCUUGAGUGGUGUGCAAGGUACGCCGCAGCUGCUCGCCGUGCUGUUCUCGGAGGGCACGCUGUCGCUGUGGUCCGCCUACAAGGACCGAGUGGUGGUAAGCCGCGACGCCAUCCCCCUCUUCCACCCAAGCGUUGUGGAGGGGUCGGUGCGGUCUGCAGUGGUGGUGGAUACGCUUGUCAUGUGGGACGGUCAAGGUAACGGCGUCGUGCUGCGCGCGCAAGGGACGCGGCUGGCGGUGCGGCGGCUACGUGAUGCGCCUCCAAACAGCGGGGCUGUGAUGUGCUUGGGGGGGCCGUCACCGCCAUCUCGUGCGACAGAGUUCAUGAGCUUUUCGUCGCCGCUCGCGUGGACGUCAUCGGGGUCCUUCUCACACCACGAGGACAGCGACAACGCAGCCAACUUGAUCAACACCGGCGAAGCAGGGCUUUCCAUGCCAUCGGCCGCUGGCUUCAGUGCUGCCCGCGCCGUCGCGGUUCUCUUCGAGAGUGGCGUGUUUGCUGUAUGGGACAUCGCGACCGGUGAACGCCGCGCGCUAUCUUCGGCUGGCAUGGCUGCGGAGGUGCGCGCGCUGUCGCUCUACUGGACUGGCGGGUCGCUCUGUGUACUGGGCGCUGAUGGCUGCCUCUACGUGCUCGACACAUACCUGACCGAGAUGAACAGCAGCGUGCGGUACCGGGCGCUGCGGCGUCCCAUGAAGAACGUAGCCUUUCUCCUUCCUGCCCACCGUACCUACGUGCAGGUGGCGCUGGAGCUGGGCAGUCCGCCGUCGGGUGUACGCGACGAAGCCCAACGCGCCUCGCACUCUUUGAGCGAUGCCCCCAGUGCAGUCAUGGAGGCGGUUCCAGUCUCCGCGCGUCCCUGCCGUGGCCCAUUUGGCCAGCUCCUCACUGAGGGCAUACGGACUUUGCAGGAUGAAGUGGAGCUCUAUCGCACCACGAUGGUGCCGCGCGAUGUGCUGCUGCGGCUGAGCCGCUGCGGCUCCACCGCGGGGCCGGUCUCCCCUCUGACUUGGCUGAGACGCGCUGCAGUGGUUGCCGACUUUCUUGGCCAGUCAGCGAAGCAGCGGUUCAUGCGCCUUGCAGUCAAUGUGCUGCGGCACUGGCAGCCGUCCGCCGUGGCGCGACGCGGUGUCGGGGGCUGCCCCUCGGCGGCCUCUUCGCCAGCCGACGCCGUACUGGCGGCCGAAUCGGCUGACUGCCCUCCUGCUUCACCGAACAGCGAGUCGCUCGGUGAAGACUCCUUCAUCGUGCCGCAUACUUACCCUUGCGCAGACGCGUACUCGGAAGCGCUUGCCCCUUCUCACAUUGUGCGCCGUAAUCGUAUCCUACUCAAUGAGCAGCGGACCGCUGCGCUGCUUGUGAACGCGCGCAACCACCGCGCCAGGGAUGACUCUAUGUCGCGGCUCGCGCUUGCGCGGGACUGGCUUCGACUCGGGCACCGUCAGAGCGUCAUCGAGGUGCUGCUGGAUGCGCCGCCACAGUCCACGACCUACAACGAGCUGGCCACCCUGAGCAUGGCUGUGGCUGCCUCGACCGCCGUCCAGUCCUCCUCGGUGGACUCGGCCACGUCGGCGCUCUUCGUCGCCUCGGCGAAGCGUGCGGCGGCAAUGUUGCUAGCGCAGGGCGACGUGGAGGCAGCUGUAGAGAAGCUAGCGCUGGCUGGCGAGUACCGCAGCGCCUGCGUCACACUCCAGUCGAAAGGUCGGUGGCGCGAUGCUGUGCUUCUUGUCAAGGCGGUGCCUCAAGUGCAGCGGCCCUUGCUGGCGGAGGUGCUGCAGCGCUGGUCAGCGCUCUCAGUGAAGCGCGGCUACCGCCUGCUUAGCGCCGCUCUUCUACUCGCCGUCGGUGGACCGACUCCUCGUGAGACGCAGCCCCCUCCACUGGCAGCUUUGUCCCUGCUGAUAGAGUCGGCUCAUUUCACGGAUGUGGCUGGGCUCCUGGCGCUCGUGCUGGCCCAGUACCACGAGGCCAUUCUUGGCUGGCCAGAGACGGCUGCAGCGGCGUGGUCGUCUAUAUCACCCGCCCACUCUUCGGACACCUCACCAGGGCAGCCCGUGAGUGCCAGUGCCAUAAUGGACACUGUGCUGCACGCCUUGGCCGACUACAGCGGCCUCCUGCACACAGUUGGGAACAUGGCGGCCGAAGAGGUCGUGCUGCGGCAGGCUGCAGCGCUGAAGGUGUCCAUGCGGCAAGCUGCCAAGGACGACAGCGAUGAAGGCGGGGACUAA